ACUCGAAGGCCACCAAAGACAGGGCUUUGUUUAUCGGAGGCUUUUCCGUGUCUGUUCGCUCUCCGCCUCCUCGUCUGUUGUGUCACUGAUCAGAAAAAGAGGAAGGAAUAUGGUUCCGCCUGACGCUCCUCCCGUUACGCCGCCGCUUUAGCGGAUCUGUGAAGGAGGCUGUGGCUCGGUCCGGCACGAACCGCCUGUUCACCUGAGACUUCGGCCGCGAGCAGCAGCUCACCGGGACACAUCAAUGGUGGAAGCAGUGGUAGAGUUCGACUAUGAGGCUCAGCAAGAAGACGAGUUGAGCCUGACGGUGGGUGACAUCAUCACGAACAUACGGCGGGACGAUGGUGGAUGGUGGGAGGGGGAACUUGGCGGACGCAGAGGCCUUUUCCCUGAUAACUUCGUCAGGGAGAUCAAAAAAGAGGGAAAGAGGGAUGGAGGACAGGUGAGCUUGAUCAAGCUAGAGCUUUCCAAUGGCAGCACCAGCCCCAUGUCAGACCAAAGCAUACGUCCUGGAAAUAAAGGGGAACAGAUCCGUAAGCGGAGAUGUAAAGCUGCAUUCAGCUAUGCACCUCAACAUGAAGACGAACUGGAGCUUAGAGUCGGUGACGUGAUAGAAAUCAUUACUGAGGUGGAGGAAGGCUGGUGGGAGGGAGUCCUUAAUGGGAAGACCGGUAUGUUCCCAUCCAACUUCACCAGAGAGAUAGCAGCAGAGUCCGACAUGCCUUUAGCGGACACCCCUACCUCACAUGAUGAACUUCGCAGCCAGACCAGUAAGGACAGCCCAGGCAGUGAAAGUGAUGGAGGUGACAGCCGGUCAGAAACUGGGUCAGAAAUCCAUCCCAAGAAGGUCAAAGGCUUUGGCUUUGGGGAAAUCUUCAAAGACCAGGUGAUAAAGCUAAGACCUCGAUCCAUAGAAGUGGACCCAGAAGGAGUCAAAGUCGCAGAAGGAAAAGCAUCAAGUGUUGCAACUGAAACCAUGAAGACGGAGCCGGACACCAAAAGCAAAGGGCGGGAGCAGUGUAAAGUGCUUUUCCCAUACGAAGCUCAAAAUGAAGAUGAGCUGACCCUAAAAGAGGGAGAUAUCAUCAACAUCAUCACCAAGGACUGUGCCGAUGCAGGCUGGUGGAUGGGGGAGUUUGGAGGAAGGCAGGGCGUCUUCCCAGACAACUUUGUGAAGCUGAUAGAAGCUGAGAAAGAGAGACCAAAGAAACCGCCUCCUCCCAGCACACCAUCCUCCAAGCACUCCAUGGAGAAAAAAAGUGAAGUGAAGAAGGCUCCCCCUGAGCGGCCCGAACACCUCCCACAAAGAGACUCCGAUCGAGGUGAAGAGAUGAAGGUUGGAGACAUCCCCAAGCCCUCCCUUCCAUCUUUCCUCUCCAAGAAAUCUGUCCCCACCAAGUUGAGCUCUUCCUCUUCCUCUCAUCCUCCACGGCGCCCAGAGAGACCGCCAUCACUGGCGUGCGAAAGCCCUAAAUCUGAGGGUGGGGCUUCAACCCCAGAUUCUGGCCCUGACAGGUCACAUGACACCGAUAUAGACCUGGAUGCGGUUGUCCUGACAACAGAGAAGCUGAGUCACCCAACGGCAUCGCGACCACGAGUUACAGACCGCCGGCCACGCUCACAGGUCAUCUCAGCUUCCUCCAUGUCCAGCAUAGGCCUGGGCUCCCCUCCAGUGGAGGACAGGAAGGACAGAGCGAAGGAGGAGCAUGAGUCCAUCUCCCACAAACCGCUGGAUGGUUCCUCGAGGAAAGGAGUUCCUAUCGUCCCCCAGAUACCAACAGUACCUGAUGGUAAACCGGUGCCACCCAAGCCCUCCACCCUGAUCCCUCCAAACUCCAGCCAUCGCCCUGUCUCUUUGUCUUCCUCUAUGGGUGCGAGUCCUUCUCCAGAGCGACGGCACUCCCCCCUGACGCCACUGACGCUGGAGGAACUCAGGCAUCAGCUGAAAGACUUAAGAACCUCCAUAGAUUUGCUAAAGAGCCAGCACAGGCAGGAAAUGAAACAGCUGACCAACGCUCUGGAUGAGGAGAAGAGAAUGCGAAUUAGUUUACAGGUGGAGGUAGAUCACAUAAAGAAGAGCUUGUCCAAAUGAGGACAAACACCUCCAUGCCAGCCACCAUUUGAAAGUGUUCUCACUGUCGGUUUUGACACUUUAUCCAAAAGUUUGUGCCAAAUGAUCAUCAGGAUCAGCAGAUGUUCAGCACCAUAACCACCAUUGGCCACCUUCUCCCCUUGUGAUGCCGCCUUAUCAAAUCUGAGUUUCUUCAUUUCUCGUCUAAAGAGGCCUCUGUUUUGGGUUUCCUUUGUCUUUGGAGCUUGCUGUGCCACUGCUACUGAUGCACCCUGGCUUCCUCCUGAGCGUCAUGACGGUCUCAGAAAAAGAACCCAGUGCCACAGCAAAAUGGCUGGUACUUGAAGGUUCUGGGGGUGAAUGAAACGUCUGAUGCUCCAGAUGACCUCUGUGCUGCUCUAAGUCCACUCUGCGGCCUUCACUUCCUGUCUGCGCGUGUGUGAGAGUGACUGCUUUCCUGCCUUGUGAGGACUCUUAUUGUUUCUGUUUGAAACACAGUUUAGUUCUGUUGUGGGACUGUUGUUGGACUGUAUAUGUUUUCCGUUAAAACUAAAUUAGGAUUGAUGAAGAUAGAAAUGCUACUUUGAAGUUAUGCUCAUCUGAACCUGCAUUUAAUUGGGACAUAAAUAUGAGAAAAUGUCUGUUUUUCUUAAUUAAAAGUUAUUUUUAUUAAGACUUUAGGCUGUCUGAAUAAAUCUUUAGUGUCUUGGAAAUUGGUGGAAAUGUAGGUAUAGAGAACGUCAUCUGAAUCAAAGGAGACAUUGUGAAGUACUAUCAUAAGUAAGUCUCUGUGUCAAUCUGUCAGCCUUUUCCCAGAAAUACAUCCCUGUUAAACAUAUCUGCAUCUUUAGGCCUAAGAAUGUAGCAGGCAGAGCUUUACAGCAAAAAUAAAACAGACCAGGUUUGUGAAAAUGGCAAAGAUAAUAUAGAAAAGAGUUUUGCAUACAAUGUUUAAAGUGCUUGUCACAGUUGGGGGGGGGGGGGGGGGGGGGUAGAAAUCCUCCGCUCUGUUUGGAUUUGAUGUAGCCUAGAAUGUUAGCGAGAUGUUGCUAAGGUGCAAAUACUUCUUCCUACCUCCUUUUCCUGUCAUUUUUUUUUACUUUCAGUCACAAACGCAUUUGAUUCUGUUUACAGCUUCUGAAAUAGCAAAAAGACAGUUCAAGCAAUUGGUGCUAAUUGUAGAAAAUCUCCUGUGAAAAACACAGAAGUACAGCAAAGUUAAGCCGAGAAAAAGAAAAAAUGGAAUAGUACUAUCUUUAAACAAGCGUAAAUUCAAGUAAAUGUUCUACAAAAAGAUUGAUUUAAGUAACAUAUCGAUCCAUUGAUCAAGUGAUUUAUGGGAUGGAAUUGCAUUUUUUCCCCGCUUAACAUUGUGGCUCUUUCUAAACUGUACAGCCUUUUUUCUACUGAGUGGAAAGUGAAACUUGCAUCACUGUCUGCAAGCAUUUCUAGCUUUAAUUUGCAAAUUAAAAAAAAAAUCUUUUAAGUUUACCUGGAA